AUGGAUGCUGCGGAGAAGUCAGACAUUGUCGAAAAAUCAGAUAAAGUAAGAACGCCAAAACACCCAUUGCGCUCCGCGAAAAGGAGCGCCGGAUCGUCGGAACAGCUUCGACGUGCUCAGCAAACGUACCGACAGAAGAAAGAAUCUCUCCUUCAAAGCACGAGAGCACGUGUAACUGAGCUUGAAUCCCAGAUUGACAAGGUUGCAGAAGCCCUUGAUGCCGUUCAAGAUAUCAUCCACAAAUCAGAGCUCAGCACAACCCAUUCGACCCUCGUGACGCACGUGAACAAAAUCGAAAAUCUUCUCGCUCAUCGCUCUCAGCGUUCGAGGUCCUUGAACAUAUCCCAAAGCUCGAUAAAUCAUGCCAAUGAUGAGAGUGAUGCACUGUCGGUAUCAUCACUGGACUCUGUAUUUGGCUACCGACUUGGAGCCGGACCAACCCACGGACAUUCAAAUGGGUCCGUCGAGAUACUGGGCAAGCAAAGCCAUAAGGCACGAUCCCAUUCAGCUCAAAAAUCAUGCCUCGUGAACGAGCAAGUGGUAGAAACGCCCUGUACUUUUCCGCUUCAGCAAGCCAUUCCUCCCGCACUUGGAUCAAAUACAAAGUAUAGCUAUUGCUUUCAGGAAAGAACCUUCUCCCGACGGUUACAGCGCUUUUGCCUGGAACACACAUUCCAGAUGUUUGAGGAUCCAAGGUCCGAUCCAACCGCAGUUUAUCGCAUGUUCAGAUUGGUUCCCUGCAUACAGGACAAGGCAAAGAUGUCCCCUUACUUUCGGAGGCUCCUUGACGGUGGGAUCAACGACCCCCUGGAGAUUCGUUCUCUUCCAUUUUAUGGCAUUGGCGGCGCAGGAACACAUUUUCCAACUAUCGAUAAAUCGGGAAACCCCGUGUCACCCUCAAAUACGAGACUUCCCCGACGAGUGCUGGGCAUUCUGCCAGUCGCUGAACCCGAGGACGGCAACACAUCAGGCCAGGAUCGUGAGAGGUAUCUCGAAAUUUUGGUUAUGGUGGUCAGUGGUUUGAUUGUAGGGACGUCGAGGGCUAUCUGA